AUGGCAGACCUGGGCUGCAAAAAACCCAGCGACUGCACCGUCUCCAGGCUACUCAGCGUAGUGGAGAGUGAACUCCGGGCUGGGAGAGACAAAGGCGAUCCCACCGAGAAACAGCUCCAGGUUGUCUUAGAGGAUGCGACGCUCUGGCAGAGAUUCAGGGAAGUCACUAAUGAGAUGAUCGUGACCAAGAACGGCAGGCGGAUGUUCCCUGUUUUGAAGAUCAGUGUGUCAGGCUUGGACCCAAACGCCAUGUAUUCCUUCCUGUUGGACUUCGCCCCGACUGAUGGCCACCGCUGGAAGUAUGUCAAUGGAGAAUGGGUGCCGGCUGGGAAACCAGAGCCACCAAACCACAGCUGUGUCUACAUCCACCCAGACUCUCCCAACUUCGGGGCCCAUUGGAUGAAAGCUGCCGUUUCCUUCAGCAAAGUCAAACUCACCAACAAGCUCAAUGGGAGUGGGCAGAUAAUGUUGAACUCCCUGCAUAAAUAUGAGCCCCAGGUGCACAUAGUUCGUGUAGGAGGCCCCCACCGGAUGGUGAUGAACUGCUCCUUCCCUGAGACGCAGUUCAUAGCUGUGACUGCCUAUCAAAAUGAAGAGAUAACAGCUCUCAAAAUCAAGUAUAAUCCCUUUGCCAAAGCCUUCCUGGAUGCAAAAGAAAGAAACCAUCCCAAGGAUGCUCCAGAAACAGUCUCUGAAGGUCAACAUAUGACAUAUUCUCACUUGGGUGGCUGGUUGAUUUCCAACCCAGAUACAAUGUGUGCAUCAGGAAGCUCUAAUUAUCAGUACGCUGGACCUUUGCCUCUGCCAGCUCCACACACUCCCCACAGCUGCGAGCGAUAUUCAGCACUGCGAGGGCAUCGGGCUGCUCCAUACCCGCCUUCCUACAUGCAGAGAAAUCAUUCACCUACAGGUACCACUGUNGAGAACUCCAGCAGUAAUCUUCAGGUAUUCUCAGGACAUGACAACUGGACUUUGCAAUCCUCUCCACAUGCUAAUUUGCUCUCAGUGCCACACACGAAGGGAGCUGCCAGCCCUGGACCCAGCCACUACCCUUGCCUCUGGACAGUGAGCAACAGUGCUGUAAAUGUUGCCAACCCAGGAAGCGAGGUGAACAGCAGCCCUUCAAGCAUGUUUCUAAGGGGUAACGUCCCUGUACCCACUGCAUCAUCAGUCCAAAUCCCUCUGCAGGGAAUGGUGCCUGGCAGCAUGGAAACGCAAGGGGAAAUGGCUCUAGCCAGACUAGCCGACUCUGCGUGGACAUCCUCACACUCCUUUUAA